AUGCUAGCAGCAGGAAGAUUAAUACAGCAAGACUUUGAUUAUCUUAUUACUUUAUCAUCUACUGCCCAGCCUAAGGCAUUAAGGGGACCAAGAGGUGCAGCAGCAGCAGCAGCAGCAGCAGCAGCAGCAGCAGCAGCUGGACCGGGUGCUGGGGCUCAUCUUAUGCAUGCUGCAGCUGGGGGACCCUUAGGACCAGGAGGGGCACCUAUGCAUAUGGGUGCUGGGGGGCCCCCACCUAUGGGGGGGGCCUCCCCUACUGGAGGACCUGGUGGAGGAGGCUUCUAUGGUAUGGGGGCCCCAUCUUGGGGCCCCCCACCUUCAGGAGGUGGGGGCCCCCCUGUAGGUGCAGGUGGUGGCCCAAUGGGUGGUGGUGGUACAGGUACUCAUGGGGGCCCACCUAUGCAACAACAACAAGUAGUAGUAGGUGGAGGUGGGGGCCCCCAUGGGUACCGAUUUGUUGCUAGUGUAGAGGGUUGUGGGGGCCUCUCCUGUACCUCUGUCUUAUGUUUUGUUAUACCCCAACGUCUUGCUGCAUGGGUAGUGGGGCCCCAUGGUACCCAUGUACGAGCAGUAAGGGAGGAGACAGGGGCCCAGGUACAGGUACUAGAUGAGGUAUCAGGGUUUACAGGUGACGAUGCCCGAUCUGUAUUAAGGGGCCCCCAUGGUGGUACUGGUGGGGGCCCCCAGAAUGGUGGUACUACUGGUGGGGUUGGUGGGGGGCCCCCAGAAGGGUCUAAUGAUACAAAUACGAAUAGUAUAGGGGAGAGGUUCUGUAUGAUAUCGGGGCCCCUACAGUCUGUCUGUGGGGCCCUGCUGCGCCUUGGCCUCCCCCUGCAGGAGAAGCUGCAGCAGCAGCAGCAGCCCCUGCGUCUCCUUAUUCCCUUCCGCUUUGUUAGUCCCCUUAUAGGCAGCAGAGGGGCAAUAAUAAGAGAUAUGCAGCAUAAAUCAGGGGCAACUAUACAAAUCUCUAAGACCCUUGGUGGUGGUGGGGGCCCCCAAGGUGGGGGGGGCCCCCAACAGGGUACUACUGGUGGGGGUUCAUUUGGUUGGGGAGGAGAUCAACAACAACAAGGAGGAGGAGGAGGACAACAAGGCAGCAACAACAACAGCAGCAGCAGCAACAGCAGCAGCAGCGGGAAGGGAUUGUCCCCUAGGGAGCAGCACAGGAUUAUAUCUAUUGAGGGCCCAACAGCAGCAAGACUUGUUGCUCUUGCGUUAGUAUGGCAAAGAAUAUUAGGGGUUGAGUACCCUGAGCUGUAUAGGGAGGGGGCCCCCUUUAUUUGUCCCUCUUCUCUUGCUCAGGACCUACAGCAACAAGGGUACGAUACAUCCAAGAUUAUGCUUCCUCCUCCUCAGGCAAGGAUGCAGCAGCAGCAGCAGCAACAGCAGCAGCAGCAGCAACCAUAUGGUCCACCUGAUGCUACAGGGGCCCCUUAUUAUGAUGGAUCUUCUCCUACAGGCGGGGCCCCAUGGGGGGCCCCUCCACCACAAGGGGACCCUAUGGGUGGAGGUGGGGGGCCCCAACGUGUAUGGGGUCAUGAGGAUCCUGCUGCUGCAGCUGCUGCUGCAGCAGCAGCUGCUGCAGGAGGUAAUUGGGGUGGUGGUGCCCCUCCUCAUAUGGGUGGUGGUGGGGGCCCCCAUGAUGGUACAAAUAAUGGUGGGGGGCCCCCCACCAUGGACCAACUAGAGGGCCUCCUACGUACCUUUUGCUGCAGGGUGGGGCCCACACAGGACAUGGGGGCCCUAGGGGAGAGACAGACAAUACGUUUGCUGCUGUCCCUUGAACAAGGGGAGACCCUAUUAAGGAGAGAUAGGUAUGCAGGAGGGGGGCCCCCAUCAGCAGCAGCAGCAGGGGGUGGGGCCCCUAAUGCCCUUGAUCGUAUUAGCGAGAUAACAGGGUGCCAUGUUAGAUGCUUUACUAAUAAUCAGGGGGGCCCCCAUGGGGGGGGCCCCCAGCAGCAGCAAAUGGUACUGGUAUUCACGGGGGCCCCUGCUGCUAAUAGUAUUGCUGUUAUGUUAACACAAGCAAGACUACUGCAGCCAUAA